AUGCAGCUGUUCUGUUCUGUGCCCCCGUCUUGUUGGGUUUCACAUCCUACCAGCUGCGCAACCGAUUCUCGCGUGCAUCUAUUUCGACUUACCACUUAG